AUGACGCCUGCCAGAGCAUUUGCCGGUUUCUUCUUCCUGCUGGCGCUCUACUGCGCCGUUGAUCCGUUCCGCCACUCCGCUCUUUCCGAAUUCCCCGAUUUCGAGUCGGUUACAGUUGAGAUGCCUCCGUGGUCCUCUCUCCCUGCCGAGAUGGACCGCGAGAAUCUUCUCCAGAAAUCGGAAAUUAGGUUUUUGAAUGAGGUGCAGGGCCCCGAGAGCAUUGCUUUCGACCCCAAGGGCCACGGCCCGUACACCGGUGUCGCUGAUGGCAGGAUCAUUUUCUGGGAUGGGGUCAACUGGAUUGACUUUGCCUACACUUCCGCUAAUUGGUCAUCGGGCGUGUGCAAUCGGAAGCCAUCAGUGCUGAGUUACAUGAAGAAUGAGCACAUUUGUGGCAGGCCUUUGGGGCUGAGAUUUGACAACAAGAGUGGUGAUUUGUACAUUGCUGAUGCAUAUUUCGGGUUGAUGAAGGUUGGCCCUGAGGGUGGUUUGGCCACCUCUCUCACCACCGAGGCGGAAGGCGUUCCCCUGGGAUUCACGAAUGACUUAGACAUUGACGAUCAAGGGAACGUUUACUUUACUGAUAGCAGCACCAAGUACAAAAGAAGGAACUUCCUCCAGUUGAUUUUCUCUAGCGAGGAUAGUGGAAGGGUGCUCAAGUACAGUCCACAUACAAAACAAACCACUGUUCUUGUCCGGAACAUACAGUUUCCAAACGGCAUUUCCUUAAGCAACGAUCGUUCAUUCUUCGUGUUCUGUGAGUGUUCGAUUGGGAGGUUGAUCAAAUACUGGUUGAAAGGCGAGAAGGCAGGGACAUGGGAGCCCUUUGCCAUGCUCCCGGGAUUCCCAGACAAUGUACGGACAAAUGAGAAGGGGGAGUUUUGGGUAGCAAUCCAUUGUCGGAGAAGCAUAUACGCACACAUCCUAGGUGUGUAUCCAAAGCUCCGGCAUGUCUGGUUGAAACUUCCGAUAUCUGGGAAGAUCCAUUACCUGAUGCAUAUUGGAGGGCGAAUGCAUGCUGCGGUGGUGAAGUACAGCGAAGAUGGUAAGGUUGUGCAGAUUUUGGAGGAUAGACAGGGAAGAGUAGUUAGAGCAAUAAGUGAAGUGGAGGAGAGAGAAGGGAAGCUUUGGAUGGGGAGUGUGUUGAUGUCGUCUAUUGCAGUUUAUGAUUUAGAGUAGACUCGUCACUCAUGUGUUGUUGGGUGUAAUAGUAAUAGAAUGACAAUUACCUCGAUUAGUUUCUGCUUAAUUUGUAGCUAGUGCUGAAUGAAUAGAUGCAUUCAUGCAGCAAUGACUUCGUUUGCCACACUUGUAUUGGAAUUUGGAACUCUCUCUUAUGCACGACUUCUUGUUUCUAUUAAGUGAAUUAUUGAAUAUCAAAUUA